CAUAUUCUCGAUCUUCAACAACAAGUUCAACUCUCUGAAGCCAAAAUAGAUGAUCUUUGCAAAUCUCAAGCUUCUCUCUGUGAAGAAUUUUCAAGAUUGCUCACUACUUCCCAAAACAUUGACAUGGAUCUCAAAGAUGAUUUGGUUAAGCUCAACGAUAACACCAAAUAA